AAGAAAAAGAGGACGAAGACGAAGAAGCAUUCGUACAGGAAAAUGGUUGCAACGAGAGAGUGUAUAUUUAUUGGCGUUUUCUUUUUCUCGGUAUUUUGUAUUGCAUCAUGGAAGUUUUCAUUAAUAGGUGUGAAGGAUGCAGUGAGGUUAGCAGGACGUGGGCUGUUGAUGCUCGGUGUGUUGACUUGGUUGAGCUCCUGCUUCUACCCCAAGCUGAAAUCUUAUCUAUGUCCAGCGACUCCAUCUCCAGUGGAAGGUCCAGCUGAAGAUCCACACAGUAGAGUUAAACUGGAGAAAGCCAGAAAGGAGCAACAGCAUCAACAUAGCUUUAAGUCAGACGAAUACCUGGGAGCAGUGGUGAAGCCUCGACAGGAAGCAGUGCUCAGGAAGAAAGAGGAAGGCUUCUAUCGUAUGACAGGACAAAGCUGGAAACUUAGCCAGGGUUUCACACUCGGAGGGCUAAUGAUGCAGGAGGAACAGAUGAUGGCACAUACCACUGCCGACGAUGAGACUCCUAACCACAUGGCUGCAAGGACGCGAAAGGAGCUAGAGGUGCCGAGUCCAGUUCCUGUCCAGACACAACUCCUGAAAGAAAAAAAGAUCAUAACCUUACCUGAUGAACCUUCAGAAGAUGCUAAUGGGGUUGUAAAAAUUGCUCUGAGAUUUCCCAGCGGAAGAACAGUCCAGAGAAGAUUUUUAAAAACAUGCAGAUCUACAGUCCUUUUAGACUGGUUGCACAAGUCUGGAUACUCUCCUACUCUUUAUGCUUUGUACACGUCUUACCCCAGACGGCCGCUGCCCACACGAACGGACCUCAGCGUGGAAGAUGUUGGGAUUGUCGCACACACCGUUCUUAACGUGGAGGAAAAAGACCCGUCCUAAUAUUAAUACCAAGCAGCUGAGUCGAGGCACCUGGACCUUUAUUUAUAAUGGAAUAUUAGAUGGCCUUCACGCUUCCAAUAAAAGUCCACCCACCUUUGAUGGAACUAUUUGAACCAAUUAAAUAGAAAAUUCUAUAGAUUGCAUUUACUUCUGGACAUUUCUGUAACGUUUUAACUUUACAUACCUUUUGUAUUCUUUAUUGCAGAAAAAAAUCUAUAGUAAAGAAGACACCAAGGUAUAAACCUUGCAAAUCUAUUGACUGAUGUAAAGACUUAGAUGGGAAAUGUAGCAAUUUGAUCUCGUACACCAUGCUAUGCUUUUCUGUACUUUAUUAGCACUUGCUGGCAAUAUGUUAGUGACCCUACAGUCCUGUCUGAAAAGCAUUGAAACGGCAAGGAAAAAAACGGUAUAUUUUGCUAUACGCUGCAGCCACUUGGGUUUGAGAUCGAAAGAUAAAUGAGACAAUAUGAGAAUUUCGGCAUUCAUGUAGUGAUUUAUACAUUUAGAUGUGGUUAACAACUUGCUGUAAGACGCUGUGGUUAAAUUCUACCCAAUUUCUAGGUGAGCAAAAGUAGAAAGCAGAAAUUCUGUUGAUCUCAAACUAAAAUAUACAAGAACCGUCCUUACUGCUCUAAUACUUUCAGUAAGACUGUUGUGUUAAGGAUAUGAAUGUUUUGCAAAUGAAAAUGUUUUCUAAUGAAUAUGCUGCAAUAGGAAAUGUUAGGUUAAUGUUAAUGAGCAAAUCACCAGGUAUACUCCUUACAUGCUAACUGUAUACAGCCAGCAGAAUUAGUUCAGUCAGGUGAUUUUCUAUAACCACUAAUUACAGGAAAUUCAAUUCAAUAAAAUUGGUUCUAUAUUUGCAGCAGAA